AUGAUAUUUAAACUAAUUUCCCCCCCAUCCUACACCAUAUUUAUAUGUUACCUCUUCCUUUCAGUAAGCCCCACCAAAUUUAUUACCUCAUCCUUUUCUUUCAGUAUAGCAACGAUAUUUACCUCUUCUUCUUUUAAGUAUAGCCACCAUAUUUACCCUCUUCCCACCAAGCUCCCUCCACUAUUUACACUAUUCCUCACCAACUUCCAUAUUUACACUCUUCUCCUCACUAAGCUCCACCAAAUUUACCUAUUCCUCACUAAGCAACCUAAUAUUUACCCUCUUCUUUCAUUAAUAUCCACUAAUGUUACCUCUUCCUUUGCCCAAAUUUACACUAUCUUUCCUGAUAUUUUUUUCCUUUUAACACGACAUUUCCUUUUCCUUAAGGUAUAUGACAUUUUCCUUUUCCUUUUAAUCCAUUUGCCUUUUAGUAUACCUAAUAUUUACCUCUUCCUCUUCCUCACCAAGUCCCCUAAAUUUACCUAUUCCUUCACCAAGCAACACGAUAUUUACCUCUUCUUUUCAUUAAGCUCCACCAAAUUUACCUAUUCCUCACCAAGCAACACGACAUUUACCUCUUCUUCAUUAAGGUACAUGAUAUUUAAACUUUCCCCAAUAUACUACAUAUUUACACUCUUCCUCACCUUUUUCCUUUUCCAAAUUUACACUCUUUCCUCACCAAGCAACAGCGACAUUUACCCUCUUUCUUCAUUAACUCCACCAAAAUUUACAUUAUUCCUCACCAAGCAACACGACAUUUACCUCUUUUCUUUCAUUAAGCUCCCUUUACCUUUUUUUACACUAUUACCCCUCACCAAGCAACACGACAUUUACCUCUCUUCAUUAAGGUACAUGACAUUUAAACUUUUCCUAACCAAGCUACACCAUAUUUACACUCUUCCUCACCAAGCUCCACCCAAUUUACAUUUAACUAUUCCUCACAAGCAACACGACAUUUACCCUCUUCUUUUUAAGCUCCACCAAAUUUACAUUAUUCCUCACCAAGCAACACGAUAUUUACCCUCUUCUUCAUUAAGGUACAUGACAUUUAAACUUUUCCUAACCAAGCUACACCAUAUUUACACUCUUCCUCACCAAGCUCCACCCAAUUUACACUAUUCCUCACCAAGCAACACGACAUUUACCCUCUUCUUCAUUAAGUCAUAUUUACACUCUUCCUCACUAAGCUCUCCAAUUUACAUUAUUCUCACCAAGCAACACGACCCAUUCUUCUUCAUUAAGCUCCACCAAAUUUACAUCUAUUCUCACCAAGCAACACGACAUUUACCCUCUUCUUCAUUAAGGUACAUGACAUUUAAGUUUUUCCUAACCAAGCUACACCAUAUUUACACUCUUCCUUUUCCACCCAAAUUUACAUUAUUUCACCAAGCAACACGACAUUUACCCUCUUCUUCAUUAAGGUACAUGACAUUUCCUUUCCUAACCACUACACCAUAUUUACACUCUUCCUCACCAAGCUCCACCCUAAUUUAUGUUAUUCUCACCAAGCAACAUUUACAUUUACUCCUCUUCUUCAUUAAGUAUAGCCUAAUAUAUUUACCUCAUUUUUGCCUUCUCUCACCAAGCUCCACCCAAUUUACAUUUUUCCUUUUAAGCAACACGACAUUUACCUCUUCCUUGCCUUUUAAUAAUAUUUACCUCCUUUCCUUUUGUCUAUCAUAUUUACCUCAUCCUUUCCUUUUGUACCUACUAUGUUACCUCAUUCUUUGCCUAAGCCCUAAUAUAUUUUACCUCUUCCUUUUGCCUUUUAGUAUACCUAAUAUAUUAACCCUUUUCUUUUGCCUUUUAUAUAGCCUAAUAUGUUUCUUUAUUCCUCACCAAGCAACACGAUAUUUACCUCUUCCUUUCCUUAAGUAUAGCCCUAAUAUUUACCUCUUCCUUUGCCUUUUAUAUAGCCCUAAUAAGUUUACCUCUAUUCUUUGCCUUUUAGUAUACCCUAAUAUUUACCUCUUCCUUUGCAUUAAGUAUAGCCCUAAUAUGUUACCUCUUCCUUUGCCUUUUAGUAUAGACUCCUUUGCUUUUUUGUUCCUCUCUUCCUUUGCCUUUUAUAUAGCCCUAAUAUGUUACCUUCUUCCUUUGCCUUUUAUAGCCCUAAUAUGUUACCUCUUCCUUUUGCCACGACAUUAUAGCCUAAUAUCUUCCUCUUCCUUUUGCAUUUUAUAUAGCCUAAUAUUUACCUCUUCCUUUCACCUUUUAAAUAGCCUAUUACCCUCUUCUUCUUUUAUUAUACCUCUCAUCCUUUGCCUUUUAGUAUAG